CACUUAACAUCAAAUAACGAAAAAAUGUAAAAACGGAGUCUCACCUCCCACAUAUGUUAGUUCACAAGAACAUAUAUCCUAGAAUCAGGGGAAAUUACAAUAAUAGCACAAGUUAAACGCUCAUUUCAUAAGUUGGCAAUCUUUUAACUCGUAAUUUAUUUUUCUGGAAGGAGCACGGGAUGAUGGCGACUGAGAAUCCAUUUCUCAGGAAUGCAAAUUUGGGUCAAUCGUCCACACAAGAGUCGCCUGUUGAUCCAUCAAACAUGGAGACCUAUAACAGCAAGAAUCCGUUUUUGUCUCCAAAUUUGGUUCGCACGAACGAUCCUUAUAUGGAGUCUUUGGCAGAUGAUUUGUUCAGUAGUUUGCAAAAGAAACCCGUGCGUUCACCAAUUUCUACAACAUCUUCUAGCCCCGUAAAGACAAGCCAUGAUCUAUUAGAUUUCCGUCCUCAUUCAUCUAUGAGCACUACUCGACCUCCCUCUUCCAUGAGUGCUGACCGACCUCCUUCGUACCGAUUGUCGCGUGCUCGUAGCACUCAUGUAGGAUCCUCCAGUGGCCACUACCGGUCUCCUUCCAAUGAGUAUUCUCCAUCCAUUCAAUCUGGUAAUUCCCGCGCCAAGGGUAAAAUUCGUCGACAUAAAACGGUUCGUGAAGGCCAACGAAACAAAAACUUUACGAAGGAGCCGUUAGACCAGAUUGAUCGUUUAGAUGUAACGGGAAUAUAUGGCUCAGGAAGUUUCCAUCAUGACGGUCCCUUUGAUGCUUGCCGACCUCACCGCAAUCGUAAUGUGAAAAAAGCUCCAGUGGCUGCUUUUCCGAAAGAUAGCGUCGCCAAUUCCAUUCCCAAAGUGGGUUCUAAUUUUAAUGAUCCUUCUGCUCCAAAGGAUUUUAGUAGAAAGGCCAUCCAUGAUACCCUCCGUACGAAAAAAAUCCUUCAGUCUCCUUUCAGCACUAUGUCUUAUGACGAAGAUGAUCCGAUUCCCGCUGGUACCUCUGAGGCCCCUGGCUUAACAGAUUCGACCCGUAUUGAAGGCGCCCUUGCUUCUAAAAGUGCUAUAGCUCGCAAUGAAGAGAUACAGGCCAUGGAAAGGGCAGGUCUUCGCAGAAAGAACUCUUUAAUGCGAAAACUUAACUUAGGCCGUUCAGGCAACCUUUCUCGUUCCUCUACCUUGCCCAGUAAUUACCGUUCAAGGUCUGCUCUGGAAGUUAGGAAAUCUCCUAUAACAUCUCCCCGAGCUCUGAACCCUAUUUCCAAUGCAAACGAGUAUGACAGUGAUGAUAGUAUUUCCCAAUCACGAAGUCAUGAAACAAAACCCUCAUCAAACAAGGCGCCUCCUCCACCAAAGAGACGGAAUGGUGGUUUGAAUACCCGCCCUUAUCCAGCACAUACCCAGUCACAAACAUCUCUUCCCUUGACGGCCAAAGAACAAUCAAAACCCAAAAAAAUGAACUUGUUUCGUAGACUUUUUAGCAGACGAAAGUCUUAAAGAUGUAUUCAUAUCUGGCAACUCAGGGCUUUUAUUAAGUUAUUAUCUAUUUUAUUAUCUUUGACUUAUCUUAUUUUUAAUAUGUGUGCUCUUUUCGUUAAUUCCUUUUUUUUUGUGGUUACAUUUUUACUUUUAUCUUCUAUUACAAGUAUCUUUAUUUUAUUUCAUUCUAUAAUCUCUGCACGUUGGGUUUAUUUUCUAUUAUAUUUAUGCUUUGCAUAUGGACUUCUUUCAUUUUGGUUUUUUAAACUUGAAGUACAAUAUGCCUGUAGGGAAUGGCUUCAGUAAAGUCUUCUCUAACUCUUCUUCCUGAUUUGAUUCCUUUUGAUUUGCAGCCUAAUCAAGCCAAGUAGGUUCAAUGAUUGCAUUAAACGAUUCCAUUAAGUAAAUUUUAUUAUGAAAUUUGCUUUCAUAUUCAUAUCAUUUAUGCGCAUGUAAUAUAGUUAUUGGAAGAUAAGCCUCUGUCAAUCUUAACGUUUGUUAGCUUCGCAAUAUCAAGGACUAGUUUUGAACUUACUUUGAAUGUAAAACCGUUUUUAAAGAAACCUUUAUUGUGUAAGAUAUCCGGACCUGGGCGUUUGUUUCUAUGGUUCUACAGGACCCUGGUAAAUUUAGGAAAAUGUAUAUUUUUCCCAAUUGAGGGUAAAUAUGAUAUCCAGUAUCUUGAGGAUUUACUUUCCACUUUGAAACAACCUUUCCUGUCUUCUUUUUUGGUGCUGCUUGUGAAGCGUGGUAUUGGCUUGAGUCGGUUUUCAACACUUGAAUAGACUCUAGCAAACAAACGUUAAUAUACCGGACCUGGAUGGUUAGUAUAAAGGGAAUAAAAAGACAGAAUAGCAUACGAUGGAUUGCGAUUUGCUAUUAUACUGUAUAUUUAGCCCAACGUCUUGCCCACUAAAAAACAAUGAUCUGGAUAUUGAUAUUCUGAGUGAAAUUUUAGGGGUGUCGAGUUUUUUUGAAUAAACUGUGUUUUCACAAACGAUAUUAUUAUUGAUUGAAGCAACAUUUUCGUUCAUGGAUGGGAGUAUUGUUUUUUCAAUGGAUGUUCUAGUAAAUUGAGCUUCGCCUGAAAGAGAAGAGAAAAAUAAAGUUCUGCUCCUGUUAGUAUCAAAUUUUGAUAUAAGCUUUGCUUACGCAGAAAAGGAAUAAGAAAAUUGUAAUUUUUGCGUUCUGAACGAUCCAGGUCCCAAAUCUAAAGGAACAACAAACGCAAAAGGAAAGCUGAAUUUACAAGGCUCCUUCAGCAAGAAUCCGAAUUCAUUUGAGGAAAAUGCACCUAGGUUUGUUGGAGUUGCAGGUAAUGCAUGCUGAAGAGAGUACUUUUCGGACACAGAAAAGAUGGGCUCUAUUGCAGAUUUAAGUUUUAAUGUACCAAAUAAAUCAACAUAGAGUUGUGUUAGGCAGAUAGAAUCAUCUUGAUUGCGAAGCGGUUCAUAAGAUACCCAAACGUGUCCUUUAAUAAACGUGCCGGCGUGCAAAGGUCCUUCAGGUAAGGUAAUUGCGAGUUUUAAAUUUUCCGUGUCUACAAAUGGAUUUCUCGAUAAGUCUAAAAGUUGAGGUUUUGACUUCCUAAUUGGACUCUUAGUUAUUGGGAAUAGUGUUUUUUCUCUUUGGCCAGUAUAAAACGGAUCUCUCCAUUCUAUUGUUGAAGAAAAACGCUUUGUUUUUCCGAAGCCUGUAUCCUUUUCACCAUUAUAAAACCCGUCUGUAACUGUUUCGGUUUCAGAUAGUCCCCAGAGAGAUUUUGAACUUCCCAAUGAACAAGUUUCACUGUUGCUUUCCUGCUCAGAUAUCACUGACUCGCUUUUAUUUGUAAAGCAUAGAGGCAAUUUCUUUAGAAUCUUCAUUAUAUUUACGUGGUUUUAGGCUAAUUAUAAGUCCUAUUUGCCUGUUUGCAGAUUUUUAACUAUAUAACCAAAAUAAAUAAACAUUGAUGGAAACAAUAACAAUCUAUA